CGCGCCGCGCCCGCUCCUCCCGGGGCGGCCGGGGCCGCGGCGCACACGGAGCCCGGCGCUACGCCGAGCGGCCGCCCCGCCGCCGCUCCCGCCUCCUCGCCUGGUGCAGCCGCCUCCUCGCCGGGCUUUCCCCGCCCUGGGCAGCCAGCAUCGAGCCGGGUCGGGAAGGACCGGCAGCGGGAUUCGUGUUGGGGAGCAGGGAUGCUGCUCUCGCAAAUUACCGCGUUGUCCCAUCUGCGUGCCGGGACCGGUGCGGAGCUGCACGCCGGUAAACUCACAGCAGGCAAAGAGCAGGAGCCGCUGGAGAAGCUUUACCGGGUGGGGCAGCUGCUGGGGAGCGGCGGCUUCGGGUCGGUUUACUCGGGAACGCGGCUCUCCGACAACAGCCCGGUGGCCAUCAAACACGUGCCCCGGGGCCGCAUCUGCGAGUGGGGCGAGCUGCCAAACGGCACCCGUGUGCCGUUGGAGAUCGUCCUGCUGAACAAGGUGGGCUCCGGCUUUGGUGGUGUCAUCCAGCUCCUCGACUGGUUUGAGCUGCCAGACAGCUUCGUGCUGGUACUGGAGCGGCCGGAGCAGUCACAGGACCUCUUCGAUUUCAUCACGGUGAGGGGGUCCCUGUCCGAGGAGCUGGCGCGGGAGUUUUUCCGCCAGGUGCUGGAGGCCGUGCAGCACUGCCACAACUGCGGCGUCCUGCACCGCGACAUCAAGGACGAGAACAUCAUCGUCGACCUCUCCACUGGUGACCUCAAGCUCAUUGACUUUGGUUCUGGCACCUUCCUGAAGGACACUGUCUACACACAGUACGAUGGGACACGGGUGUACAGCCCGCCGGAGUGGAUCCGCUACAAGCGCUACCACGGCCGUUCAGCCACUAUCUGGUCCCUGGGCGUCUUGCUCUACAACAUGGUCUGUGGGGACAUCCCUUUUGAGCAGGAUGAGGACAUCAUCCGGGGCCACAUCUUCUUCCGACGGCAGGUUUCUUUAGAGUGCAUGGACCUCAUCCGGUGGUGUUUGUCCAUGCGUCCCUCAGACAGGCCAUCUCUGGAAGAUGUUUUCAACCAUCCUUGGCUGCAGGGCACCAUUCACCUGCCCUCAGAGACAGCAGAGAUCCACCUGCACAGUUUGGUCCAGGAGCCUGGCAAGUAACAGCUCCAUGCCUCUCCUGGCCACAAGAAGCAAAGAAAACCAGGCUGCUUCUUCAUGGCUGUAGCACCGAGCAUAGACCAUCAAACGGGAACACGCACAUCUUGUCCUGGAGCUCGGCUGGAGACCUGGUCUGCCAGGUGCUGGUGGCCACAUCCAAGCCUGCUGUCCUGGGCUCCACCUGAGUGACCCUGUCUCCUCGGAUGUUUUGCCAGUAAAUUUUUUGGGGUUUGGUUCUGGUUUUGGAGGCUCCAAAGUGUCUUCCUGACCAGCUGAAUUCAGGACUGCAAGAGGAUCAGAGACCUUAUUGUGAGAAAAGCUUCAACUGAGGAAGCCACGGGGAGAAGGGCAGGUCCCGUGGCCAGUUGGCUCUUUGCUCUGCUGCCACCGUGCUCGAGUGCCUUCAGCUGUGGGCUGUGCUGUGCUGGAGGGAAUCCUUGCAGUUUCCUACACUGCUGCUUUUCCAAGACUCGCCUGGCUAUAGAGUUCCCUUUUCCAAACCAAAACAGGUCAGAAGAUGCUUCGGAGCCAAGCGGGCGAUGCCUCACUCCCGUGCCUCCAUCUCACGUGGAUUUUUUGGGGUUCUUUGCUUCCCUGUGCCCUCAUGAAUGCACAAACAAUGCAAACCGACAGAGCUGUAAAUGUGUAUAAAGUUGUAGAGGAACAAAGCUUGCUGUACAGUUGUUCAUAGGGAUAAGAUUUUUACCUCUUUUUUUUUUUUUCCCCAGGUUUUGUUAUUAAUUUAUUUUCAUGAAUUUGUUGUUUUUUGGGGUUUUUUUUUUUUGUUUGUUUGUUGUUUUUUUUUUUUUACAGAGGGCUCUAGCUGGUAGGAUAACUUAUUUAUUUAUUUAUAAUUCACGUGGGUUUCCAGCCCAUGCCUUGCUUCUACAGCUGCUGAUCCCCCGCCCGGUUUUCCAUUCGGGUCUUCCCUCUGUGUCUGUCCUGUGUCCACCCCCAGGUCCGUAGCGUUUCUGGCAGAUGCCUGGUGGAGACGCGGAGCGGCUGCCUGCUCCCCAGCUCUCUGUGUCCGUAGGUCUGGUCGCUGACGUUUCCUUGCCACAUGCAGAGCUCAGUUUGCCGCUGAAUUUUGGUUUUCCCCACGGGUGUCUGUCUUGGCUGGGGCUUGGGAGGGGGGAGCUGGCCUGGGCUGUCCGUGCUGUCCAGUCUUUACCUAUAACCAAGGGCAAUAGCCAGCGGGUUUGUUGUUAAUAGUUAAUAUUGUACAGGGGAAUUCAGAAAUCUUAUUUUUUGUAUGCGGUUUUAAAUAAAAAAAAAAAAAAC